AUGGCAGCGGGCCCUCCUGCUUCCGGCCAGCUGCACCCUGCCGCAGCGGGGCCCGGCACCGGCACGGGGGGCCGUGGGCACUGGGCACCCACCCUGCGUGUCCCCGGCCGGGCGGGAGGGCGAUGCCCGCGUGAGACGGUGGCCGUGCGGCCACCGAGCCCGGAGUCAGGGAGAGAGGCCCAGUCCGGUCACUGUCGGCACCUGUGGAGGCGGCUGGGCUGGGGCCUCUCCCGGCAGCACCCGGGGCCCUGGGGCUCCCUGCCAAAGUGGGUGGUGAACAAAUCCUCGCAGCUCCUGGCCCCCAAGGCGAUGAAGAAGAUGUACAAGGCUUGCCUAAAGUACCCGGAGUGGAAGCUGAAGCACAACCCGCGCUUCAAGCCCUGGCUGUUCCCGGAGCAGAGCCGGCUGCCCACCCUGCCGCUCUCUGAGCUCUCCCUCCAGCACGUCGACUCCCUGGAGAACAUCGACGAGAGCUCCCUGGCCGAGACCAAAGACGACCGCGGCGAGGCCAGCGACGAGGACAGCGUUAACUGA